UAUCUCCUCCCUCUAAAUUUGCCCAUGUUUUUUCUCCACUCUCUUUCUCUCUCCACCAGAUUCUGUCAGCUUCUAACGCCAUGAACGCCAUAGCUACAGCUGCAGCUCUCUCUUUGCCAAUCUCCCUCUGUAGAUCAUUUAACCUUAAAUACAGAAAGGGUGUAAAAGCAGGGUUCAGGGUGUUUGCUGUGUUGGAGGAGGAAGCAUGGGUGGAGAAGAAGAGUGCUUGGGGUCCUCUUUUCGACGUGGAGGAUCCAAGAUCCAAGUUUCCUCAGAGCAAAGGCAAGUUCUUAGAUGUAAAUCAGGCACUUGAAGUGGCUAGGUUUGAUAUUCAGUACUGUGAUUGGCGUGCUCGGCAAGAUGUUCUGACAAUCAUGCUUCUUCAUGAGAAGGUCGUGGAAGUUUUGAAUCCUUUAGCUCGUGAUUAUAAGUCUAUUGGGACCAUGAAGAAGGAGCUAGCGGAGUUGCAAGAUGAACUAUCACAAGCUCAUACACAGGUGCAUAUAUCUGAAGCAAGGGUUGCCACUGCUUUAAAUAAACUAGCUUACAUGGAAGAGUUGGUGAAUGAUAAGCUAUUACAAGACAGAAAAACAACCACUAAGGAGCCUGAGCCAACAACCCCUUCUCCAAGUUUUUCCUCAGAAUCUUCAAAUGCUGUAAAGAGAAGACCUCGAAAAAGCUUGAAUGUUUCAGGUCCCAUUCAACCUUACCAUUCUAACUUGAAGAACUUCUGGUACCCUGUUGCCUUUUCCACUGACCUUAAGGAUGAUACCAUGAUUCCUAUUGACUGUUUUGAAGAACCCUGGGUAGUCUUUCGCGGAGAAGACGGAAAACCCGGAUGUGUCCAGAACACCUGCGCACACAGAGCAUGCCCUCUUCACCUUGGCUCAGUAAAUGAGGGUCGUAUCCAAUGUCCAUACCAUGGGUGGGAGUACUCAACAGAUGGUAAGUGUAAGAAAAUGCCAUCUACUAGAUUACUUAACGUGAAAAUCAAGUCUUUGCCAUGUUUCGAGAAGGAAGGGAUGAUUUGGGUUUGGCCUGGCAGUGAUCCUCCCUCUCCCAACCUUCCUUCCUUAAAACCUCCUCCAGGAUUUCAAGUCCAUGCAGAGAUAGUCAUGGAACUUCCGGUUGAACAUGGGCUACUUUUAGAUAACCUUUUGGAUCUUGCUCAUGCUCCUUUCACUCACACAUCCACCUUUGCAAAAGGAUGGACCGUCCCCAGCUUGGUGAAAUUCUUGACACCUGCAUCUGGCCUCCAAGGAUAUUGGGACCCGUAUCCAAUAGAUAUGGAGUUUAGACCACCUUGUAUGGUACUCUCAACUAUUGGAAUCUCUAAGCCUGGGAAGCUGGAAGGACAGAAUACACAGCAAUGCGCCACACAUCUUCACCAACUUCAUGUCUGCUUACCUUCAUCAAGAGAGAAGACCAGACUACUAUACCGAAUGUCGCUAGAUUUUGCUCCAAUGCUUAAACACGUUCCUUUUAUCGACCAUCUAUGGAAGCAUUUUGCGGAACAGGUUUUGAAUGAGGAUCUGAGGCUUGUACUCGGACAACAGGAGAGAAUGAUCGGUGGCGCAAAUGUAUGGAAUUGGCCAGUGUCAUAUGACAAACUAGGGGUUAGAUAUAGGGUAUGGAGAGAUGCAGUGGAAAGAGGAGCCAAACAAUUGCCUUUCACCAAACCGAUGUAAAAAAAAACAAAAAGAAAUUCCCAGCUUACAGAGAUAAAGUAACUUCUUCUGUUUGCUGCUGAUGAUCAUUCUUGGCAUGAAUAACCCUGCAACGUCACUUCCACCAAAAGCUUGCAUACGUAAUAAGAAGAUCGACCAAGACGAUGUCAUGCAGUUUGGAAAUCACCAAAUGAAUCCCACUUCCCAGUUUGACUCGGCAGAACUGUGAAUUAAAUCUGAGGCACAAAAUCAUAUUGUCUCGAUAUCGAAACAUCCCAUGUAAGCAUUAAAGAAACUGUGCACUAAUAUUUGAUCCCGUGUACAGUAUAGUGUUAGUUACAAUUUUUUUUUCCCUCCCUUCGUGUUUUCAUGUCACAAAUAAGAAUAUUUUCCAGUUUUACAGAGAGAGAUUGAACCCCCCUUUACCCUGUAAAAUGAAAAUGCUUGAUGUAUCAAUAAUAUGUAUCAUACUAGGCUCUAUCAA